CUUCCCUCCGCCCCCUGCUGGGCUGAGUGGUGUUUUUGUUGUUGGUAAAAGGUUAGUGGAACAGCUGAUUGCUCUGUAGGAGGAUGGAGGAGGUGUCUCCUAGCAAGUCGCAGGCACAGCCCCACUCUACCAUGGCCUUUCUCAACGUAGCCCACACCUACGUGCCCAACACCAAGGUCGAAUGCCACUACACCCUGCCUCCCAGCAUGAAGCCGUCAGCCCGCGACUGGAUCGGGAUAUUCAAGGUGGAGGCCUCGUCUGUGCGGGAUUACUACACCUUCGUGUGGUGCGUGGUGCCCGACGGAGGUGCGGAAGGGGCGCCCGUCCAUUCCAGUGUCCAGUUCCAUGCCAGCUACCUGCCCAAGCCAGGGGCCCAACAGUACCAGUUCCGCUACGUGGACCGCCAUGGUGAGGUGCGCGGCCAGAGCAGCCCCUUCCAGUUCAGCGAGCCCCGGCCCAUGGACGAGCUCGUCACGCUGGAGGAGGAUGACGAGGGCAACAUGGACAUGUUGCUGGUGGUGCCCAAGGCCACCUUGCUGCAGAACCAGCUGGAGGAGAGCCAGCAGGAGCACAGCAGGCUCCUGCGAGAGAAGCUACGGCUGGAGGAGGAGGUGAAGGAGCUGCAGGCCCGGAUCGAGCAGCUGGAGGAGGCUCUGGGCACCAUGCGGGAUGAGCACACCAAGCUGGCAGAGCAGUACAAGGAUCUCUCGAGCUCCCAUGCAGCCAUGAUGGAGGAGCGGGACGCGCUGAGCCGGCAGCAGGCGGGACAGCUGGCCCGCAUCCAGGAGCUGGAGGAGGACGUUCAGGCCCUGAGCGAGAAGGUGCUGCAGAAGGAGGUGGAGUUGGACAGGAUGAAGGACACGGUGAAGUCCCUGGUGCGGGAGCAGGAGCAGAUCCACCACCAGCUCAAGGAGGAGAAUGCCGAGAAGGAGCAUUACCAGGUCAAGCUGCAGGCCUCGGAGCAGGAGAGCCGGAACCUGGCCUGCGACCUGCUGCUGGCCAAGACCCGGCACAGCGAGAAGGUGUCGCAGGCCCUGGUGCUGCAGGAGGACAUCAGCAAGCUGCAGCAGAAGCUGGCGGCCGCGCAGCAGAGGACGGCCCAGCUGGAAGCGCUGUGUGAGCAGCUCCGCUCCACCCAGGACCUCCUUGCCGCCAGCCAGCAGAAAGUAGUGCUGCUUGGGGAGGAGUUGGCCAGCACCUCCUCCAUCCGGGACCGGACCAUCUCGGACCUGCACAAGAGCCGGCUGGAGUCAGCCGAAACCAACAUCAAGCUGGCGGACAUGACCCUGAAAUGGAAGGAAGGGAAAGGCCAGUGGUGGAAGGAGAAGAGCAACCUGCUGCAGAGCAUAGAGGCGGAGAAGGACAAGAUCCUGAAGUUGAGUGCCGAGGUGCUGAAGCUGGAGAAGAACCUGCAGGAGGAGCGAGCCCAGAAGCAGGUGCUGAAAUCUGAACUGUCCCACGAGAGGGACUCCAGCCUGGUGCAGCUAUCAGAGAGCAAGCGGGAGCUCAAGGAGCUGCGCGCGGCCCUGAAGGUGGCUGAGAAGGAGAAGGAGCAGCUCCAGGAGGAGAAACAGGAGCUGCUGGAGUACGCUCGCAAGCUGGAGGAGCGGCUGGAGAAGGUGGCCGACGAGAAGUGGAGCGAGGUGACAGCGGCCGAGGAGGAGGAGGCGGCGGCAACGGUGCUGAGCUCCCUGGACUCCCCACUCUCGGACUCGGAGGACGAGUCCCCCGAGGACAUGAGGAUCCACACCCAGCUCAGCCCCUACAGCCUGUGCGACAACCGGGCCGGCACCAAGACCCCGCCGUGCCUGCGGGAGCCCAUGCACAAGGUGGUGAUCAGCCAGCCUGCCCCCAUCACCACCCAGAUCAAGCAGCCCACCGAGGACAACAGCUCCGACUCAGAGGCGGAGGACGAGAAGGCCGUGCUGAUGGCGGCUGUGCGGAGCGGAGGGGAAGAGGCCAGUCUGCUGCUGCCCGAGUUGGGCAGUGUCUUCUAUGAGAUGGCCAGCGGCAUCACAGGCCGCCAGCCGUCAGAUCUGGGCCCUUGCAGGAUGGGCGCCUCCCCGCUGGACCUGCCCGCGUCCCCCGGCCUGUGGAAGGAGUGCCCCAUCUGCAAGGAGCGCUUCCCCCUGGAGUGCGACAAGGAGGCGCUGGAGGAGCAUGUCGACAGCCACUUCUUCUUCAGCGCCCACGACCCCUUCGCCUUCGAGUGACACCCCUGUCACCCCCACCUCGCCCUGAGCCUCGGGUCACGCCACCCUGCCUCUCCCCGGAAAUCCUGUCAGGCACUGCCCGCCCAGCACACCCUCUAGGAGCUCCCCCAAUCCUUGGGGGGCAGUUUACCCCCUCUCCUGCCCUCCAUGGCAUCUGAGAGCAGGGAGUGAAUGGGGGGGCUGGGCACUAGCGUCCCCUAGUGGCUAUUCCCAGGCAAGUCUGUAGGCCUGAGGUCUCCAGCCCCCACUCUGCUGCCUUAGGGUGAAAUAGGGCGAGUUGCUCCCACCCUCCAAAUAUGGGGUUCACCCAGUGCAGAUGCUGAGCGCUCAUCAGUUGGAGAGGGGGCAGGCUCACACACCCCUUGGCUAGGGGGCUCUGUGUCAGGGCAAUAGGAAUCCCCAGAGGGGGUGCCCCAACUCCCAUCUGCCUCCUGGAACCUGGGACUAUUGCUUAGAGCUGGGGAGGGCUCACUGGGGUGGGAGGUUGGAGCUGGGGGGCUGCCGUAGGGACACACUGUCUCCUCCCCCACCCCCCAAUGUUUCCCCUUGGGCUCCAGACACAUGGUAUUGGGAACUGCUGGGCAGCAGAUUUUGGAAGGUACAGGGGGUGGAGGGGCAGUUCAGAGAAGGCGAGGCCAGGUGGUUUCCUCUCAUCUCCUCAGGUGAGAGUAGGCAGAUUUCCUGGGUCCCUCCAGGCUCUGGGGAGGGGGCUGAGUGGGGUUAGGCUUCCCCAUAGUUCAGGCUAAAAGGGGCCUGGAUUUCCCCACUCUCCCGAUCCCAAAGGCAGCUUCCUGUGCUGCUCCCUGCCUAUGUGCCGGGGUCCUGGCCCCACCCCCAGCUCCACUCCCCUGGGCCCAGUCAACUAACCUUUGGGUCUCUGGCUGGGCUACUGGAUUCCAUGUCUGGGCUAGGGAAUUUUGCCACUGUCAUAAGGGUCUGUUCCCCCACGGGACUCAGUUUCCCUGACUGCGAGGCAAGGAGACCCAGCCCCCACCCUAGCCUCCCCAUCCAUGGACACCAGGCAGAGCCUGCCGCUGCUCAGCCCUGCAGGACGCCGGCAUGGACCAAGAGCCAGCCGGUAAUGCUGGGAGCGUGCCGCCAACAACCACUGAUUUGUUAGAAUGUCAACUGCAGAAGUAAUUGGCACAACGGGCCUUCUAUUGGCUCCUGCCGUCCGCCACCACUGCCUCCCACUCCGGUUAACGGCCCAAGAGAACCCCCAGGAUCCAGAGUCCCAAUCACCGAAACCGUUCCCUUCCUGGCGAUCUCAGGUAGGGGGUGGAAAUGGGGAAGGGUCAUGGGCAGGUGGGGCUGAGCCGGGCACUGGAUGGAGGGCACAGGGCAGUCCCCAGGGUAUGGGGGUGCAAAGGGGCCUGAGCCCAGAGCUCUCUGUGUGUGGAUACACAUGACCUGGGGGGAAAGGUGUGUGUACAUGGGGGUGAGCAGUGAACACCAGGGUAUCAGUCCUGUCCCAGCCCAGGUUGGGGGCUGGGUUUCCCCAGCUGCCUUUUCUGCUAAGCGGCCUCUUGGCCCCAGCAUCCCCUUGGCCUGGAACUGCGCCGCUCCCAGCCCCGGGCCUGAUCCUAAACUCAUCUGCCCUGUGUGGCGCCCCAGGGAUCCCAGCCGUGUGGGUGUCAAUCAGGAAUGACUGCCAUUGCAUCCUCCAACCUCUGUGCCAGCAUUUCCCGGGGCAGAACCAGGGCCUGGCUCUCUGUUGCAAUCUGCCCCUCCCUCCCCCCCAUAACCUCUGGGCACCUGAUGCAGUGUGACAGGAUGGGGAGGAGAGGUCCAAAGACCCACCUGGCCAACUUGAGAGCUGACAGGGUCCCUGGGGCAUGGGGGGUGCACCAGCCCUGACAUGACAGUGCGGGGAGGGGGAGAUGCACAGACCUCACAUGACCCCUAGGAGCAGCAGGGGGGGGACACUAGCCUGACUGGGGAGACAACGCGGGGAGGGUCACCAGCCCUGGCAUGACCCCUGGAUGGGGCAGCAGGCAGGGCAGAGCCCUGACACUACCCCUGAAAUGGUUUUAUUUUCACUUUGGUUUUUUUAAACUGACUUGUCCAUUAUUACUGUUAUAAUUCUCAUGAUUCAGGAUGCCCCUCUGCCGGGUCUCUGCAUCUCAUAGCCGCUCGCUGUAGCAUGCUCAGUAAUUAGUGUUGAUUUGCAGUUGGUUUGCUUGAUUUCAGGGGGAGGGGGGCAGUUCAACCCCCCGAAUCCCCUUGUACAUAAGCCGUCCCCCCCCGGAUUAUUCUCAUGCACUUGCUUUUCGUAUUCACGGUUGCAUUUCCUUUUAUUUUAAUUUUUUUUAAAUCUAAUACUGUUGUGACUGUCCCUUUGCCCCUUCCUCCGCUUGAGGGGGAGGGAGAAAGAAGCCAGGCGUUUGGCUGGCCCCCGAAUUCUCGGUCAGUCAGCUGGGUGGGAUGAGAGUUCAUGAUUGUGCCUUUUGAAUGCAGGAGAUGAGGCUGCUGCUCUGAUCACUGGUGUAUAGACGCUCUUGAUUUUGUAACUAACUGUGGUUGGUGAUUCUGAUGUGUCCAGCUGGUCCCUGCUUCUCCCCAAUCUCAUCCCUGGCCUGUUUUGGUUUUGUUUUUUUUAAAUGUCCCCCCCCCCCCAAAAAAAA